AUGGAUCAAGAGCGGAAAAAUAAUUGGAGAUGUCAGGAAUGCUCUAGUAAACAACCCAAAUCCGAUAAUACAAUCACACCUGUGCGCACAACAUAUCGUCCCAUGGUAUCUGGCGAUGAUACCAAUGUUGAAGAGGAGAGUAAUAUCACUGUACGGACAAAAAAACAGCGCUCUAUAUCCGAUAGCAACGAUUCCUACAUUAAAGAAGAUUUGUUACGUUCAAUAAUAAAGCAGGAGAUAACUGACACCAUCAAGAAAUUGGUUUCUGAACACCUAGCAAAUAUCGCGUCUCAGGUGACUGGCUUCCACGAAUCUCUAGCAUUCUUUAGUAAACAAAUGACGAACUUAUGCAAACUGUGA